UUCCCUCUCUUACAUCUCUCAACCACUGUUUCAGUGUAUCUAUGUUCUUUCAUGGAAUCCCUACAAUUCACACCGCAUUACCACCAAUUCCCAAUCCAUUUUACUAACAAACUCUCUCCCAAACUCAAACCCAAAAUCUUCUUCAGGGCCUUUUCUGUUUCUUCUUCUCAUUCUGUUUCUUCUUCCACUCUCACCCAAACCCAGAAUCUGAGUGACCCUCCAAUCGUAGUUCCUGAGAAAAAGCGCAGGGUUAAGGUUUCUGAUACCCAAUUCAAAGAGAAUUGGUUAGCUUCACUCUCUUACCCUUUUCCAGAAAAGACCCCUCUUUUGAAUUCUGAGCAUGACCCGACCCAACAAAAUGACGGGUUCAAAUGGGUCCUUGGAAUUGACCCAGAUGUCUCUGGUGCAGUUGCACUGUUGAAAACUAACGGUUCCGUUUGUUCAGCUCAGGUAUUUGACUCUCCUCAUGUGAAAAUACUGGUUGGCCAGAAAAAUAGGACUCGAAGGCGCUUAGAUGCGAAGUCUGUUGUUCAGUUAGUUCGUAGUUUUGAUGCUCCAAUUGGAACCACUGCGUAUAUAGAGCAGUCGCUCCCUUUUCCACAAGAUGGGAAACAGGGCUGGUGGAGUGGAGGAUUUGGAUAUGGGCUAUGGAUUGGCAUCUUAGUUGCCUCAGGGUUUUCUGUUAUUCCAGUGCCAUCUUUCACUUGGAAAGCAAAAUUUGAACUCUCUGGAAGCAUGACUUCUAAGGAUGAUAGCAGGAGACUUGCAUCCACAUUAUUUCCAUCACUGACUUCCAUGUUAAGUAGGAAAAAAGAUCAUGGAAGGGCAGAGGCUUUACUAAUUGCAGCAUAUGGUCAAGAUCAAAGCAAAAGCUUGGAAUCAUCUUGUUGUGACAAAUUUGAAACCUGAAAAUUGGCAUAUUCAAGAGCUUCAGUUCUCUUCUUCUGCCCUCUCUUUCCAUUUUGUAAUUUUGGCCUAAAUAGUAUUGUAUACUUUUUGUUUGUUAUCUUAUUACCAUGCCAAUAUUUUCUCUUCAAA